UUUCUCGGGCCUAACAGAAAUUGAAGUAUCAGUCUAAAAGCAUUCAUAUACUGAACUCGGGCUAGAACGGCGCCGUUCGAAGAAGACAGCUACUUCCUCCUCCCUUUCGCCGGCUCUGAGCUGAGACAGUUCUGGAAAAAGAUUUUAUUUUAUUUUUUUCUUUUAAAGGAAGAAGAAAAAGAUGCCGUCUCUGCAAACUGCUUUGCCACCAGAACUUGCCAACAAUGUGAUUAGACUUUACCGGGAGUGCCUUCGAAGAGCCAAGUAUGUUGGUCAUCAGAAACAUAAUACAGCGCUUGUCGUUGAUAUGGUGAGGCAGCAAUUUAAAAAGCACAAGCAUGAGACAGAUCCAGAGAAGAUUCAAAAGUUGAAGGAUGAUGCCGCAAGGGGACUUAUAAACCAUAUACUAUAUGAGUCUGAGAGGUUGUCUGGCCGAAAAUUUGACAAGAGUUCCUGAUGCUUUUUGAGUUCCUUUUUUUUUUUCAAACUCUCAGUAUGUACCUGUUGAAGUUUUAGCUUUUAACAGAGUAAUAAAAAUCAAGACUUGACUGCUC